GUAGCACUACCACCCGCCCUUAAUUACACCAAAAACAAAAGCGGAUUUCUGCUCUUCCCAAAGUCGCUCUUUUCGAUUCAUUCCAAUACUCCCCUUCCUUCCUAUAUAAAUAAACACGCAUACAUACAUACAUAUAUGUAAAUUGCAGCUUGGUGCAAGAAACACACACUACAGAGGGAGGAUACAUAUGGCGGCUGCGGCGGGGUCUGACAAGGUGGUGGAGACUGUUAUCGUGGGAAACUAUGUGGAGAUGGAGAGUGAAGGGAAAUCACGAGAUAUCAAGUCUAAAGUAUCAAAGCUCUUUUGGCAUGGUGGCUCAGCCUAUGAUGCCUGGUUCAGCUGCGCUUCUAACCAGGUGGCUCAAGUGCUGCUGACAUUGCCAUACUCGUUUUCUCAACUGGGAAUGGUAUCAGGGAUUGCAUUUCAGCUGUUCUACGGUUUGAUGGGGAGUUGGACGGCCUACCUCAUUAGCAUACUCUAUGUGGAGUACAGAACCAGAAAAGAAAGAGAGAAAGUUGAUUUCAGGAACCAUGUCAUUCAGUGGUUUGAAGUUCUUGAUGGGCUCCUCGGAAAACACUGGAGGAACGUGGGUUUGGCAUUUAACUGCACUUUUCUUCUCUUUGGAUCCGUCAUCCAACUCAUUGCCUGUGCUAGCAAUAUAUAUUACAUAAAUGACAAUUUGGACAAGAGAACUUGGACAUACAUAUUCGGGGCAUGUUGUGCUACCACAGUCUUCAUCCCAUCUUUCCAUAAUUACAGAAUAUGGUCUUUUCUUGGCUUGCUAAUGACCACUUAUACUGCUUGGUACCUCACUAUUGCAUCCCUACUCCACGGCCAGGUAGAGGAUGUGAAGCACUCGGGUCCAACCAAGUUGGUGCUAUACUUCACAGGAGCCACAAACAUUCUCUACACAUUCGGGGGACAUGCCGUUACUGUAGAGAUCAUGCACGCGAUGUGGAAGCCACAAAAGUUCAAGGCAAUAUACUUACUGGCCACGCUCUAUGUGUUGACGCUGACACUUCCAUCUGCAGCCGCAGUCUACUGGGCUUUUGGAGAUUUGCUCCUCAACCACUCCAAUGCAUUUUCCCUCCUCCCAAGAUCCCCCUUCAGGGACAUGGCUGUCAUUUUGAUGCUCAUCCACCAGUUUAUAACUUUUGGGUUCGCAUGCACGCCGUUGUAUUUUGUGUGGGAAAAGGCGAUCGGCAUGCAUGAAUGCAAGAGCUUGUGCAAGCGUGCGGCAGCGAGGUUGCCCGUGGUGGUGCCAAUAUGGUUCCUGGCCAUCAUCUUCCCAUUCUUCGGCCCCAUCAACUCCACUGUCGGUUCGCUUCUUGUCAGCUUCACAGUUUACAUUAUUCCUGCUUUAGCCCACAUUUUCACCUUCAGAUCAGCUGCAGCCCGAGAGAACGCCGUGGAGCAGCCCCCCAAGUACUUUGGAAGGUGGGUGGGCGCCUAUGUGAUCAACAUAUUCGUAGUUGUGUGGGUUCUGAUUGUUGGGUUCGGGUUUGGUGGAUGGGCCAGCGUCACUAACUUCAUCCACCAAAUUGACACAUUUGGGCUUUUCACUAAGUGUUACCAAUGCCCACUUCCUCCGUCUUCGCCGCACCUGGCCGCCAACGCCACCGCUCCUCUUCCGUCUCCGUCUCCGUCUCCGCCGCCACGUAUUCACCACCCUUGAGCUUUACUCUAAUUGGUUAAUGAGUGGGUAGCGCUCUAAUUUUACUUCACCGGCAGAAGAGAGAAGUUGGAUUAGAAAGGUAGAAGCGGAUGGAAUUCAUGGGUUGGGUGCAUCACAAAUCAAUUUUUGCGCAUCUCUUAAACAAAAAUCCUGGAAUUUGUAAUUUAGAUUAGAGCUUUCAUAUUUAGUUAAUUAUUAAAAGAUAUGGUCCUGCAAUGCAGUUAGUAAUUUGCUAUUUAUGCUUC